AUGGAUACAUUACUGGUUGUGAGGUACAAGGAAGACAUGAUAGACCUAAACAUGUCUAUUUUGUUCAGACCGCGAUGCAUGACGAUUAUUGACGGUAUGCUCAGUUGCGCCGCACCCGCCGGCAUGGCGCCUGCGCACCACUCCGCACAUCCUCAACCUUGGGGAUUACUACAACCUCCAGCAGUGAAAUCUGAACCAAUGGAAGAUGGAAGCUUUAUGAAAGAUCAAACUAGCGGCUUCUUCUCUGAAGGAUUUCACAGCGCAUCUCCAUCAUCCUCGAGUAAGGACUCGAACGGUCACUCACCACGCAGUGUGGGCAGCUCCGGUGAACCGUCACCUUUCUACGACAGCAUGUCUCUUAAAGCCAAAGCAAACCUUGGAGUGCACUUAGAGUCUUACCGUAAUGGUCUGCCAUAUAGUUUGCUUACACCACCAGGCUUCGAAUCACGUAACAAUGAAGGUCGUGACCCUUCCCCUGGGUAUGAAACAUCUUACUCACCAAGAAACUUAGCACCUCCUGCGCAUGUGUCAACUCCGUUGGCACGAGUUGAUGCCACGCCUCCAAAAUCACCUCGAACACUUUCUUCGCCCGAUCUGGAUCAUGACCGUCGAUCGUUCGAGCGUUAUCACGAUUCAGGUUUUGAAGGUAUUGGACAAAAAACUGACGGUGAUGAAGGUCGCGAGUUGUCAGGUGACGAAGAUUUUGAUGACGAGCCUGGCCUACGCGUGCCUGCCGUAAACUCACACGGAAAAGUGAAAACGUUUAAAUGCAAACAGUGCGAGUUCGUUGCUGUUACGAAACUUAGCUUCUGGGAACAUAGUAAGGAGCACAUAAAACCAGAGAAGAUGCUUUCCUGUAGAAAAUGUCCCUUCGUCACUGAAUACAAGCACCAUCUUGAAUACCACAUGAGGAAUCAUAUGGGCUCAAAGCCGUUCCAAUGUACUCAAUGUUCAUAUUCAUGCGUCAACAAAUCUAUGCUUAAUUCGCACUUAAAAUCGCACUCCAACGUAUAUCAAUACCGCUGUGCAGAUUGUAACUAUGCCACAAAAUAUUGCCACUCCCUAAAGUUACACCUACGCAAAUACCAGCACAAUCCUGCGAUGGUACUAAACCCCGAUGGAACACCUAAUCCUUUGCCAAUUAUUGAUGUUUAUGGAACACGGCGUGGUCCCAAACAGAAGCCAUUAUCGAAAAUGUUCGAUCAGGCACCUAUGAACAACAAUAAUGCACCACAACCACCACCGCCGACGCAUCCGAUUUUCGGGAAUCAUUUCCCAGUUACCCUGCCUUACUUGCCACCGCUACUACCUCACUCAUUUUUAUUCCCACCGAACAAUAACUACGAACAUAGAAUAUCACCUAGACUUCAAGAACUACCUUCAGAAAAACCACAAACGUCGUCUCCUUCUCCGUCACUACUUCAUCAGCGUCUUGCUCACGGUGAAAAAUCCGAAAACCCCACCACUCCUCCUCCAGCUAAAUCACCAGCAAGCACGCCUCACACACCAACCACUCCUAAAGAAACGCAGGCUUCAAAUAAUGACGCUCUAGACCUAACAAACACCAAGACUAGUGAAGCAGGUACUCCGCCUCCAAGCACAGAGCGAUCAACCAACCAACCUAUAACUCCAACUACAGCACUCAAGAACAGAAGAAAAGGCCGCGCAUUUAAACUGCAACCAGCAGCAUUGCGUCUUCAGCACGAAGACGAGAAACAUAGAGAUAUGGAGAUCUCCGACUCUGAGUCGGAAGGAUCCGAUGCGACUGCUGCCACACAAAGCUAUUCAUGUCAGUACUGCGACAUCACCUUUGGAGAUUUGACGAUGCACACUAUUCACAUGGGUUUUCACGGUUAUAACGACCCUUUCAUGUGCAACAAAUGCGGAGAGAGAAGUGCUGACCGUGUCGCUUUCUUUAUCCAUCUGGGUAGAGCUCAACACGCUUAG